AGGUACAUUGAAAAUUACAUCAUUUAACCGCUCUCAAUAUUUACAAAUAAAUCAAAUGCAUGCGCUCGAACCAAUUUUCGAAGCACUUAUUGCACUCGUUUGCUGGCAUAUCCAAAACGCAAAUUUUUGAAUGCGCCAACUGCUUCUUCUGGUGACUGGAACCUUUGACCACGCAAUUUUCGAGAAAGUAAAGAAGUCGUUAGGACUUAGAUCGGGACUAUAUGGAGGAUGGUCCAAUAAUUCCACGUUUCCUUCCGUUAGGAACUGUUGCAAUAUGACCCGCUUUUGACACAAAUGUCGAAACC